UUUUCUCUUCAGUGUACUCUUUAAAGCUUUCCCUUAGACAGAUAUAGCUGGUUUUUAUCUGCCAUCAUCGCCAAAUCACGCAUACGCAGCGUAAACGAGAGAAACGGAGAAGCAUUUGAAAGGCAUUCCGAACAGACGAGAAACUUUAUGGCGAAGGCUAAACCAUGUAUUAAGAACUUUUUGACAUUGUCAUGUGAAAGUUACCAAGAGAAAGUAAGACACGAAAAACCAAAUUGAGGAUGAAUAAAAAACUAGCACAGAGCCACUUGCUGCGGGCUUUAAAUCCAUUCGACCAACAAUGAAUUUUCCGCAAGCAAACAUUAUAAAAGCCCGUCCUUUGUCGCUUUGGAUUUAGUUCGCGUUUAGCGAGGAAAAAAAGAGAAACCGGAAAACUACCGACAUACCACUUUCUAUUUGCAACCCCUUCUAAGACAUUACACUUCUUUAAGAAAAUGUACAAUUAUGAAUCCAAGAGCAAUCCCCGACAGACUUGCCGCUGCUCGCCUUGCCAAUCAGCUGAAAGCAAACAGCCAAGUCUGAAUAAUGCAUUAUGCGCCACAUCCCCUCCACUUCGCCCCCUCCACGGGGUAGUUUAUAGCAGCACAUCCCUACAGGACGAGCCAUUUGUCCGGCAGCCGCUGCAAGCCACUGAUAUCGAAAAGCAAUUUCCGUUAUGAUUGCCACAGCUCCCUAAUCCCCGCAACGGAUGCACGCAAAUGAGGAGCCGAGGCAGGAGCAAGACGUUGCCGGGACAACGGCGACAACAAGUAGUCCUGGCAACUGCCAUCAAUCAAAUGGCAGCAGUAAUAGAGCACAGACUAGGGGAGCACAACCAAACAAGUCCCAACGGAUCCGAGCUAAAAAUAAAAAUUAAAACCAAAGAAGAUGUUGUGGGGACUGAGUUCGGCGUUGGAUUUGUACGAGGAGUACCUGAAGGCCUUCAAGAUCAACGAUGAUCCGCUGCCGGUGGAUGGAGAUUCGCGCGAGGAAGCAGAAGGUGCUGGUGGAGAUGGUCCCCAGAACUCCUUAAACAUUCUCAUCUGCGGCGGAGCUGAUCCGCGUCAUGUGAUCAAGACCCUGGCCAAGAGGUACACCCAUCGCAUUCGCCCCAAACUCAGAAUAUACGUGCUGGAUGGUUGCGCCGAGAUUGCAGCCAGGAACAUGUUGCUCCUGGGCAUAGCCCUUGAGGACCCAGAGUCCUUUAGCCUGGUGUGCAAAGUGCAUUUGUUUAUGGAUCUCUAUGGGAAUGCGGUGAUCCGUCCCAGCUCACACCACUACAUGGCCGCCAAGGGGCGCACCCUGCUCCAAAUGGUCACCGAUGAGGAAAAAAUGCAGCGUCUGGCUCCCAUGCUGGAUAUAGAAGGCCUAAAGUACAAAGAGCGUGACGGGUUGGAAAUGGCCUUCAGUUUCUGGCAGCCGCAUCCAUGGAAUGUCUUCGAGGUGACCAAAUACUGGGAACAGCGGUCGAGGACUCUUCUGGGCACCCGAUACGAUCACCGCAACGGGGCCUUCGACUGGGAUUUGAGCAUGACCCUAAAGGAUCGUGGAGGACAACAGAUUUGCUCGCAGGAGUACCGGUACUGGCGAGAGUCAGGUGUGGCUUUUGUUUUUCCCGAGUAUGAGCAAUGUAAGCCCAACAAGACGCUGGCAGCUGGCUUGGUCCGAAAUGGACGCACCUUCCUUCAUCGUGGCUACGUGGGCGAUAUCCAAACAGGACCCUUCUGUGGCUUUGGGCUGCGCACCUCCGAGGAGCGAAUGCAUCACUCGGUGCAUGGGGACAAUGAUUAUCGUGCUACGGACAUAACCGAACGCAAUCUCCUGGAACUCUUCCAUGAGCUGCAGACCCAGACCGCAUACGAGCAUGAUCCUACGCGCUCCCGAAGGUAUGGUUCCGUCCAGCUGCUGAUGACGCCGUUGCUCAAUCACCAGGAAGUGGAUGCAGCAGGGCAGGCAUCCUACGACAAACCCUGGAUCCCGGUGCCCGGGGUAACCGUGCACUACGUGUCGCCUUUGGAGAUGGUCCAGCUGCAGCAGGGCGCAGAUCGCUGGAACAACAUGUUCGACGUCGCUUUUAUGGCCUAUAAUUAUUACUCUUUCCUGAGCAAGGACUUCUUCAAGGCUCUGCGCACGCCGGCUCUUUUCAUCCUAGAAACCAAGCUUAUGACCGUGGAGCGCAAAGAUCAUGUGCAGGAGUUCGAAACCAAGGCCAAGGAACUGAUAAAGCAGGCCGGCCUCACGGCGGCCAUCAACUAUCAGGCCAUCAAUGUGAAAAAUAUGUGGCUCAAGUACAAGAAGACUGAUAAAGAUGAACCAGAAGAUGAGGUGGACGCUGAGCCGGAAAGUGUUCCAAUAGUUGAUGGCGAUGCGGAUGGUCUUUCUGAAGAGUAUUCCGGUCUAGUAAUUGAAGAGAUUCCGUCAGGGAAUCAGACUGUUGCUGCGAUUAAAAAGGAAGUAGAGGCAGAAGGUCCGCUCGAGCCAAAGAACACUUUCCACAGUCUGAACUAAAAUAAAUGUACAAUUUAAUGAAUACAACAA